CGCGCCGCGCCGCUCAACGAACGCAAACAAAAUGGCGCACCACGAAUCGAACAUUGUUUUCCCACAACGAGUGCAAAGACGAUUCAUUCAAUUGUACAAAGAGCUGCCUUGCCUAUGGGAUAGGAAAUGUUUGACUUACAAACACAAGGGGUCUCGUCAGCAAGCAGUGGAUCGUUUAACAGAAUUAGUUCAGGAAUACGAUAAAAGUGCAACGCGUGUUCAUGUGCUGCGGAAGAUUGAGAGCUUGCGAGCUUGUAUGAGACGGGAAUACAAAAAGGUUAUAAAUAGCGGUAGAAAAGCCAACGGUGAACAUGUGCACGUUCCUAAUCUGUGGUACUAUAAGCAAUUAUCCUUUGUCUUCGGCGAUUCUGUUGCAAAGCAUGAGAUGCCAGAACCGGAAAACGAACCAGAAGAGGAAGAAAUGGACAGAAUAGAAUUCAUAACAGACGAUUCCUAUGAGAAUCAUGAAGUGGAUUCUUACUCGGAGCUGAGGAGUAGUGACGAAAUUCAUUCUCCGUCGCAGAAGUUCAAUGAUGAUAAAGGGAAGAGACUUUGUACUGAAGUGGAAGAUGAAUAUGAUGCGAUAGGGGUGAACGUGGCAGCCAAGCUUCGUGGUCUUCGGCCAGAAAUGAGGAUCCUGGCGGAAAAACUCAUAAACGACGUCCUAUUUCAAGCUCAAAUGAAUGGUCUUAAUUCGUCUACGUCCUUACGCAAUCAGGACUCUCUUAAGUGAUGCUAUUUUGCUAAAGAAGUAUUAUGUUAUAGACAUGCAUAAAGAUUUUGAGCGCGAAAUAGGAAACGCAAGAAGACUAUUCGAACCCGAUGGGACUAUUAAAGAAAUAAUUUACGUGGAAAAGCCACCGUUAUUAGUGUAAUAUACAUAAUGUAAGAUCUUUAUAAAUGAUUAACGGCCGUUCCCAAUAAUCAAUCUAUCUCUUGCUUGAGAUAAAAAAUGGUAACUAUCGUUGACUUUUCUGUCCCAAUAAACUUAUCGACGGUAACUCACGUUAUCUUUUAUUGGGCAGCUUCAGCUUCAGAUUAUUGACAGCUAGAAGGUAGUGAUUUAUCUCUAUCUGUAAAUAGUAUAUUGGGAACGGCCGUAAGACGCGUAAACUUGUAACUGAAUUUUUACAUUCGCUAACCCUAGAAUGGCGUUUCAAAUAGUCGUAUAAUCAAGGUCAUACGUAAAUUUGAUAUUUGAUUUCCUAUUCUAAUAUAAUGGAUAUUGUUGGAAAUUAUUAUUAAUGCUAUAACCAAAGUAACAGACACCACUCGCGACCUUGCUGCGUUCAUAUUGAUUGUAGAUUGAAAUAAAAAGGUUGAUGGUGAUUGAUGUUGAUGUUAGAUGCAGACUUCUGAUGAUGAUGAUGUAUUUUGAAAGCAUUUGAAGAAAAAACUUUCGAGUUUAAGAUGCACUGAAAAUUAAAUUAUUUUCAAAAGUAA